AACGUUAUCUUAUUGAAAAAAAUCGAGGCAUUGGAAAGCGUCGUAAGGUACAUGGAAUGCGAACGAAAGGAUUCGUUCACGCCUCAACCGCCAUAUUAUUUGGAGGAAAUAUCGCCGAUAGAUACCGAUAAAAUAUUUCUAUCUCAAUUCGAGAAAAAUCAUUCGAGCGUCGACGAGAGAUUAUCGUCCAUCACGGAAAUCUUAUAUUUCGGUGACGGUAUCAACGAAUUACCAAGAGAUUUCAUCGUUCAAGCUCACGUCGACGUUAAGAAACGCGAGAACGAUCUCACGGAUACGAAACGUUUUAUCAAAGGAAAUCGUUCGAACGUCGCCAGUAUUAUGAACGAGAAGAAAAGUAUGUUCGAGUUUUCCGGGAACGAUUUUAGAUCGAGCGACGCCAGUAGUAAAAACGAUUCUGGCAUCGUAAUCGAAGAAACCAUCGAUUGGAAGCUCGUUUCUACCAACUCGAACGACAAAAGUAUGAUCGAGAACGAAAGCGAUACUACGGUGUUGCGAAAAGAAUCGAAACAGUUGGAGAAAUUAGCGGAAUUGGUCGACGCGAGAACGUACGAGGAAGAAAGAACGAAGCAACGUGAAUUGAACGAAAGAUUGAAAUUAAUGGAAGAAACGGAAGAAACCGGAGAAAUCGGACUCGUACCGAGGAAGUCUUUUCGACCUCACAACUUUAAUUGUCAACGUUUGGAGGACCUAUCGCGAUGGUUGAAGCACAGAUUGGAUUUACAGAUGGCGUAUUGCAAGAUAGAACACUUGUCGAAAUUGAACGAGCUCAAGAGAGAUUUAACGUCGAAGACGAUCGAUCUGAACGAAGCGAAUCAAAAGAUAACGAAGGCUAAUCGCGAUCUAAGCAAGUUAAACGAUUUGACGGAUCGAUUGAACGAUAUGACGGCGAUCGUCGCCGAAUAUCACAAGGAUAGGAAAGAACUGUGCCAGGAAUUACGUAAACGAUUGGAAGUGCAAUUAAGUUUGGAAAUGAAAUUGAAAUAUUUUUUAUCGUUGGUAGAAGAGAAGGAGGAGGAGAUAACGCAUUUGAGAAAGGACGUAACCAAUAUCUUCCAUAGCAAUUCGACGAAUAAAGAAAAGAUUAAGGAACUGGAUAACGAAAUAAUCGAUAUAAAAGAAAGAAUGGAUUCGAUUAGAAAGGAGCUGAUAAACUCCGAGGAAUUGCGUAUCGAGAUAGAAAAGAGUUCGAGAGAGGAGAUCGAUGAUCUUAAAUCUAAAUUGGUAAUGUAUGAAAAUAAAGCUACGUUGUUAACGCGUACCGUCCAAGAUCUCGACGACAAGAAAGACGAACUUAUUCGAGUUAAAACCCAAUUGCUUCGUAAGGAACGUGAAAUGAGUUUGUUCAAGAGUAACAGAGACGCGACCAUUAAGAAGUACGAAUUUCUGGUGAAGCAAUUGCAGGACGAGAACGACAAGUUGAAAGAUCAAGCGCGUUACGAGUCAACAUCGGUAUCGACAGGGGUCAAAGAAUCGGCCAAUUGUCCGCUCCGAACGCGCAACAAGUUUAAAGUUUCCGAGUCAUUGAAGAAAUUAACUCGUGGUGGUUUCGCUAAGGGUUCCGAUGGUAAUUGGAAAUCGAAUUAUCUUCGUAGAAAGUCGAACGAAGAAAAAUCGGUGGCAUCGACGUCUAACUUUUCGGUAUCCAGAGUUUCGAGUUGUCACGAGACUACCAACGUAGAGUCGGUCUCGUCGGAGAACACUGCGAAGUUUACACGGGAAAAGGAGGAAGAUCAAACGUUUACCGAUCGAACAGAAAGCGACGUAGACUCGAACGAGUCGGUUUCUCGAGCGACUACCGGAAGUUCCGGAGGAACGGACGACGAUUACGAUACCGAGGAAGAUUCCGAGAUUAUUUGCUGUAGGCCGCCAAGACGAAACAGAAUGUCUGGUUGGAUGAGAAUAAGGAGAAUCGAUGCCAGAACGGUAUUGACGCAUUGUUCGGACAUAGAACUCGACGGGGAUCGAUCCGAUUCCGCUUAAGUUUCAUUCAGAAAGAAAU